AAAGUGUAAAGAAGGGUAUGAACAAUUUGUUAUUAUAUGUGUGUACGUUAAACUUGUAUGCUAAUGUUAAUAUAUGUGUAUAUAUAAAUUAAAUGUUUAAUUGGAUAUAGAUCUAGAAUAAGGAAUCUGAAGAAUGACAUAAAAGUUGAUUAUGAUGAUGAGAAAAGCUGUUAAGCGAUGCUGGGGUUGGCCCAUCAAUGCCUCAAGGGAUUUCUUCACAUGAUCACAAGUUGGACCCACAUGAUCUACCAUGUGGAGCCCCCAACUUGUUAUUCUCUUUAUCUUUCAAAUUUUAUAUGUGAUACUAUAAUGUGUAAAAUAUUCACACUCCAUGUAUGAGCAUACUAUAUGAGCGUUUGUAUAUAUCAGUAUCAUGUGUUUCAUUCUGGUUUUAGAUGUCACAUGCUCAUGAACGAACGAGUUUGCGUCUCAUUAUCAUUAGGUGUGUUUCAUAAUGUCAUAGUAGUGUGGACAGUUAAGGACAUAUGAAGUUUUCAAUAGCAGCGGCAUAGGUGCAUCUAUCAGGAGUAAACAAACAAUACAAAUUUUUAAAAAAUAAAGAAUCAGUGGAAAGUAAUGAGGAAGGCGUUGUAACUUGCAAGUAGCAAACGAGUGAAUGAGAAGAAAAUUUAUCAUAUGACCGUCAUUGACCGAUGAUCUGAUGACGGGGCAAUGAGAAUGGCAAACUUGAUUUAUUAUUAGACACGAGAGAUUUCUCGAGAAUGGCCACUAAUAACCAAUACAAUUAAUGAUCAUACUUCAACCGAUCGAUGAUGUAAAAUCAGAGCUACGUUAUCUACAAAUUUUGCGUUUUAAAAAGCUAAAUUGCGUGUGUUGCAUAUUUACAUGCUUAUGUCACUGUAAAUGGACAAAUAGUGCAACAUGUUCUCUGUGGAGUACGCAACGAACAUAACUGAACUAGCUAAUACAUGAUUUUUUAACUAGUUCACGAGAGAUGUUGCUCCACUUUGGGAUUAGCUAAGGAUUCGGUUCGGGAUCGGUAAUAAAAAGAAUAGCUGUGAUUGAGAUUGUAUAUUGAUCAGCGGCAAUCACGAAGUGACUAAAGGAUUCGCAAGUGGGAUAUUACAAAUGAGACAGUUUAUUUCAGUUAGAAGCGCCGCCAAACAUAAAGAUCUGAAACCAGUUUCUAUUGGUUCAGCCAAUAUUCGUUUCCCCAUGCACCCAACGAUGUCCUGCCACCUGGAACAUUCCAAACCGACAACACUUGGAGAAGGAUGGAAUACUUUAGGAGACCUCUUAGAUGAAGAAACACAUUUUCGCAUUAUGCCGAUUUUAACUGUGACAUGUUUUGUAUAGUUUUAUACAAAAACCAUGUAUUUGAAAAUUAACCGGUAUCCCAGAACCACGUACCAUGGACAGUAUGUUCAAAAUCCACAAAAAAAUAUAAUGAAUGAAUCAUUUAUUUAAAUUUUCAUUCGCAGUUUAAUUUCCUUAUGUAUGUAUGGACCGGUCUACUGUGAAUACAUAACAAAAGCUUUCUUGGUAAUAUUUAAACCUAUCUAUCAAACUUGAAGAUAACGAUGGUGAGAAUCAGAAUCUGUGUAAGAGAAAACAAAAAGAGAUCAAGAAAAAGAUGGGACCAAUUGGGUAUUUUCUUUAUAGUUUUAUAUUGUUAUUUCAUUCCAAAGGUGACAUCCUCUCCCUUUGAUUAUUUACUUUUCAGCCAUUUUAUAAGAAAAUCUGUCUUUCUCCUCUUUAUUUAUAAACCUACACCGUUCAAGCCCUCAUAACACAAAACAUUUGUCUUCUCUCUCUUUCUUCUUUCUCUUGAGUCUUUCGUAUUAUUUAUCUCCACCUCUCUAGUAUCUCUUACUCAGUUAUACCUUUCCUAUAUACGUAUAAUACGAUCGGUCUUUGUUCCCUAACAAGACCGUUCGUUAAGUCUUGUCGCACACUACAUAAACCGAUAUUGAAUCCAGGUUUCAAUAUCGUCGAAGAGUUAUACAAUGGCUCCGGUCUCGUUGCCUCCUGGUUUUAGGUUCCAUCCAACGGACGAGGAACUAAUCACAUACUAUCUCAAAAGAAAGAUCAACAGUCGAGAGAUAGAGCUGGAAAUUAUCCCUGAAGUAGACCUCUACAAGUGCGAACCAUGGGACUUGCCAGGGAAGUCGUUGCUUCCGAGCAAAGACCAAGAAUGGUACUUCUUCAGUCCACGGGACAGAAAGUACCCCAAUGGUUCAAGAACAAACCGAGCAACAAAAGGCGGUUACUGGAAAGCCACCGGCAAAGACCGGCGGGUGAGUCUGAGAGAUCGAGCCAUAGGAACCAAGAAAACCUUAGUUUAUUACCGUGGACGCGCCCCACACGGUAUUAGAACUGGUUGGGUCAUGCAUGAAUAUCGCCUCGAUGAAACCGAAUGCGAACCUACUGCGUUCGGCAUGCAGGAUGCAUAUGCACUUUGCCGCGUUUUCAAGAAGAUAAUAAUCGAAGGGAAACCAAGAGAUCAACAUCAGCAGCAUCAUCAGCCUUACGCCCACACGAGUUCGAAUAUAAGUCGUAGCUCAAGUUUUGACGUUGGUUCGGAUCUUGAAAUAAGUUCAAAUACACAUCAAGUUCUACCUUACAAUAACGUUACCGAGACCCAGCCGAUAUUUGGAAACGCAUUCGGUGAUCAUGAUGACCGGUCGCAAUACUUGUCACAAAACAUGGCUCCAAGCUUUUCAAAUUACGAAUCUCCUUAUGGACCAUACCUCAAUCAAUCUAAGGUGUAUACAGAAACUGAAUGUGGAAUGUUGCAACAUCAAAUGUCAAUGCCACCGUUGCAAGUAGAAAACACGCCUGUUCCGACCAGCAUUUUCUCCAAUGGGAUGAAUCAGAACAGCGGUCAAUGUGGUUUCGAUGACUUUACUUUCGCUACAAGUAACCGCAACCAGCUGUAUAACAGCAACGGUGAUGAUCAUUUAAUACACAUUGGAAAUCUCGAAGAACAAUUGCUCAGUGCUGGACACUCAACGUGGAUGAACAUGUCUAACGGAUCUUUAAAUCAGAGUUUCGCAGAAGACGUAGAGGUUUUGCCAAGCUUUGAGGAGAAUGAUCAAGAUAUUGAAUAUUUUGGCAGAUCUGAGACCAGUACACUCAACAACAUAGAGAUUGAUGAGUUUUUCUCGUUUGAAGACCGAGUAGAAGACACCGACAAGUCAAACAUAACUUUAAACUCUUCAGGAUCCGGAAUGGUCGAAGAAGAGAAUAUAGUAGACCGUAAAAUGCUCAUUUGCACACGUCAAACAACUCAAGUUUUGUAUCAUCAAGUCGUACCAUCGCAGGUUUUGAAAGUUCGCAUUAAUCUUGUCGGAGGAAAUGAAGAUAGAAGAUUGUUUACCGAAGAAGAAGGCAAGGAUUCUUGGUUCCGGAAGGCUGAAAAUGUUGCCAAGAUGAAACUGAAGCAGAUUAGUUUAGUUGCAAAACAUUAUUACCAGUCUUUUCCAAUUAUUUUCUGAUUUUAUUUAUUUUGUUUGUCUAAUUCUAUUUUAAAAGAAGAGAGUAUACUAUAUAUACAUUAUUACAUUGCAAUAUUGAUUGAUUAUCAUUGUGAUUAGUUUAAUAUUAUUGGGAAGAAAAAACCUAUUAAACAUAAUCCAUUACGUUGUUCGUAAUUUUCUCAGAAUCUAUCUAUGGAUAUGGACUUUGCAAAACUUUGCUUUGCAAGAACUAAAAACAUAAAAGUAAUAAUUGAACUAAAAAAAUAAAAAGAACUAUUGCCCAAGAGUGUGGAGUCGCCAGAUUUUCUAACUCCAUCACCGCUGUGUCACUUUCACAUUACGCGGUCCUAAGCAUCGACGGUUCUUCCCAAAGUCAACUAUGCGACCUUCAUACCGGAGUUGUUGCACGGAGACCCAACUAUUCCGAAGCUUUUUACCUCUUAUCCAAUGUUUGUUCACACACGUUCUGGUUGAAUGAGAGUGAUGACUGUACGUUUAUGUCUCUUACGAUUACAAAUCGUUGGGCUCGACACGGUAAUGUUGAGUUUUGAAGUUUGGACCCAAUUAAACCAUCAGCGCUGUCAUCAAACUUCAUCUUAAGCGCCUCUUUGGAGGUGAAGUUAGAGCUUGAGAUUCACCAAGUCUUUUUGGUAAGCUUUGUUGGGUUUAAAGCUGAUUGUGCUUGUUUCAGCGUGAAAUCAAGUCAGUUAUGACUUCGUACUCUCAAUGUUGUCUACAGUUCUGAAGCUUCUAAUCUAAAGUUCUUGCCAAUCAUCAUUCCGACCGCUUUUAUAGGUGUAUCAACGUCGUUUUCAACUAUCAAUUGUUCUUUCGGGAUCAAAAUUGAAGUUUUUCUUUGGGUUUCUUCAUUUCGCUGAGCGUAACUCCUUCCUAUAUGUUCUAUCUCUAGCUCUUUUGUAAUGUUUUCUAGUAUUGUUCUACCGUCGAGCUUAGUUACGGGACUUUCUAUUUCAAUUGUAAACGUUGCUUUUUGAGCUUUUUAUAAUAAAAUUUGUGCACAAAAAAAAAGGAAAACAAUAUCAAUAAUUAAAAGUCUCCGCCACUUAACUUAAGCCCGCACAAAAUAUGAGGACCCGAUAGAAAUUUACUUAAAUUACGAAACACGUAUAUAACACGCGCGUUAGGGUUUUACGGCAUCAGCCACACUCAUUGGCAGUAUAAAUAACCUUCGACUAAAACCUCAAUCUCUCAUAAAAACUAGCCGUCGACUUCUAUUACCUUGGAACCUAGCUUAGAUCUGUUUCUCUGUUCUUUAGUUCUUCUUGUUCGCGUCACUUUAACUGAUUACCACCGUUCUUGUUUAUGUUCGUUGCGUAUGAGUUGACGCCAUAGUAAUUCCCUAUUUAUGCUAUUCGUUUUGAUUUUAUAUGAAAAUACCUCGCGUGUUUUCAAUCAUCACGAGUUUGCAGUUUAGGGAAAAUCUUCUCUAUAUAUUUUUUUUCAUAUAGACAGCCUAAGAUGUGGAAUUAUCUUGUCUGAAAGUAGUUUUCCGGCACUGUUUUAUAAAAAAAUUUUAUUAGGUUUGUAGAUAAAUGUGUAGAAGGGAGAAUAUGGAGGUGAUGACAAUUUCCCCAGAUGAUCGAAACUGAUUAUACUGAGCGAAUAGAAUUUUCUUCUCAUCAGAGGAAAGUCAAGCCAAUUAGUCUGAUCCUUCUCCUAAAUUGAUGUGUUUUUUUUGUUAAUAUUCUUAGAUUCAUGUAGUUUCCUUUGAACUUAAUAAGAAAGAUUCAACAUUUAAUGAAGGAGUUUUGGAGGUGAUGACAAUUUCCCCAGAUGAUCGAAUCUGAUUAUACUGAGCGAUUUAUAUUUCCUCCCAUCAGAGGAAGUCAAGCCAAUAUUCUGAUCCUUCUCCUUUGUUUUUUAAUGUAAUCGUUUUUUGUUUGAUAAGUUUAUUUAUAUUUAUACUAAUAGAGAUAUGGAGGUGAUGACAAUUUCCCCAAAUGAUCGAAUCUGAUUAUACUAAGCGAUUAUUAUUUCCUCUCAUCAGAGGAAAUCAAGCCAAUGUUCUGAUCCAUUCUCCUUAAUUUUUAAUUGUUUUGUUUUUUUACUAAUAUGUGAUAUUUAGUGUCGUAGACUUGUUGGAGCUUAUGUUAUCCUGGAAAAUUUCUAGGAUGUGCUAGAUAAAUCAAGAAUAUAGGGUAGUGGUACGCUAUUGUUAAAGCAGAUAUGGAGGUGAUGACAAUUUCCCCAAAUGAUCGAAUCUGAUUAUGCUAAGCGAUUAUUAUUUUCUCUCUUCGGAGGAAAUCAAGCCAAUGUUCUGAUCCAUUCUCCUUACUUUUUAUGAAGUUUCGGUUUAUGUAACAAUGGUCUCCCGGUUGUUUUCAGUCUUGCAAGUUUUUGUUUCUUUUCUGGAUGUUGAUUGUAUUUACUGAUGGAUUAGACUGUUUCUUGAAGAAAAUUGGAUGACCGUAAUUGUUUUAACCUGAAUCGAAUUAACUAUACUCAAAUUCAGUA